UCCGUCGUUAGGCGCGGAGGGAAGGAGCGGUCGGCUAGUGAGACGCGCAGAGAAACAGAAAACCUGUCCAGAGGCAAACGGUCCCGUCAGCCCGGGGACGCGCUGACUGAAACCGGCGGCGGCGCGGAGGCGGCGGCGGCGCGGGGGCGGGGAGGGGCGAGGGCCGCGCGGGGCCCGCACAGCCAGUCAGAGGCGCGGCGCGCGGGUGGCGCGGACGCAUUGGACGGAACGCUCGGGCCCCAAGCGCACUAGCCUGAGGAGACGCCGCACCUACUUCCCCAAUAUAACCAACUACGGAGCCGGGGAGCGUGACUGAGAGGAGGCGGCCGCCAAAGUGGCGUGAAAGCGCGGGGCGGGAAGGAUGCGUUACCUGGGUCCUCUCGUCAGGGAGCGGCCGGGCGAGCUGGAGGACUCCCUCUGAAUGAUUGAAAACUCUGCAGUUCUCUUGUGUGCCGCGGGCUGGGAGGACCCGAGCAACUGCUCCGUGUGAACUGUGCCGACGGGCAGGAGGAUGGGAGCCGGGAACUGAGAGUCGCGGAGGAAGGACACGGGCGCCCGGCGUCUCUCCGGUGACCUUAAAAGAUUGCCAUUUAGUGUCAUUCAGGAUCUACUAAGCAUCAUUUUUGCAUGACUACAGGAAAAGGAUAUCUUUACAGAACCAGUUCCUUUUUGAAGUUCAUAAUCUGGGCCAUCUUCAGACAGAAGGGCAUUUGUUAAUGAAGAAACGUCAGAGCUGCUAAAUACACCAGGACACGGCGAUCCUAGUGACCAAGGAUGGCUUCCUCUUGGAAACUUAUGCUGUUUCUGUCAGUCACUGGAUGUCUUUCAGAAUAUUCUGGAGCUCUUCCUGGUCUCUCUACUCCAUAUGCUGCUUUGCUAAGAAUUAAGAAAAGUUCAUUGUCAUCCCUCUACGGUUCAAAGACUAGACCACGACACAGCAGUCCUUCAUUAGGAACACUGAGUGUUUCUUCACCGAGCUGGAGAGGGGCAGCUCAACAUUAUUAUUCCCCCAUCAACCUUUAUCAUUCCUCAGAUGCCUUCAAACAAGAUGAAAGUGUGGACUAUGGGCCAGUGUUUGUGCAGGAACCAGAUGAUAUAAUUUUCCCGACUGAUUCUGAUGAAAAGAAAGUAGCACUGAACUGUGAAGCUCGUGGCAACCCAGCUCCCAAUUACAGAUGGCUUCGAAAUGGAACAGAAAUAGAUUUGGAAAGUGAUUAUCGCUACAGUUUGAUAGACGGGACCUUCAUUAUAAGCAAUCCAAGUGAAGCAAAGGAUUCUGGUCAUUACCAGUGUUUAGCAGCCAACACGUUUGGAAGUAUUCUCAGUAGAGAAGCCAUACUUCAGUUUGCCUAUCUGGGAAAUUUCAGUGGCCGGACCAGAAGUGCAGUCUCUGUGAGGGAAGGCCAGGGUGUUGUUCUGAUGUGCUCUCCUCCGCCUCAUUCACCAGAGAUCGUCUAUAGCUGGGUAUUUAAUGAGUUCCCUUCCUUUGUGGUGGAAGACAGCCGGCGGUUCAUUUCCCAGGAGACAGGCAACCUUUAUAUUUCUAAAGUCCAAACAUCAGAUGUUGGCAGCUAUAUUUGUCUGGUGAAAAACACAGUGACGAAUGCUCGAGUACUUAGUCCUCCAACACCACUCACUCUGCGUAACGAUGGUGUGAUGGGAGAAUAUGAGCCGAAAAUUGAGGUCCAUUUUCCUCUCACGGUUACAGCUGCUAAGGGAGCAACUGUUAAGAUGGAGUGCUUUGCACUUGGCAACCCAGUUCCAACAAUCACGUGGAUGAAGGUUAAUGGUUAUAUUCCUGGUAAGGCACGUCUGCGUAAAUCUCAGGCAGUACUGGAAAUACCCAACGUGCAGCUGGAUGAUGCAGGCAUAUAUGAGUGCAAAGCUGAAAACACACGUGGAAAAAAUUCCUUUCGUGGACAAUUACAAGUAUACACAUACCCACACUGGGUAGAAAAACUGAACGAUACUCAGUUAGACAGCGGGAGCCCUCUCCGAUGGGAAUGUAAGGCUACUGGAAAACCCAGACCCACCUACCGCUGGCUGAAGAACGGAGUACCCUUCUUGCUCCAGAGUAGGGUGGAGAUGGUCAAUGGAGUAUUGAUGAUCCAUAAUGUGAAUCAGUCAGAUGCUGGAAUGUAUCAGUGUUUGGCUGAAAAUAAAUAUGGAGCCAUUUACGCCAGUGCUGAGCUGAAGAUUCUAGCUUCAGCUCCCACUUUUGCACUGAAUCAACUGAAGAGAACAAUAAUUGUUACCAAAGGCCAAGAAGUCAUCAUAGAGUGCAAACCCCAGGGCUCUCCAAAACCAACCGUCUCUUGGAAGAAGGGGGACAAAACCGUCAGAGAGAAUAAAAGACUAGCUAUUCUUCCAGACGGGAGUCUGCGGAUCCUAAAUGCUUCUAAAACAGAUGAGGGAAAGUACGUUUGCCGAGGGGAAAAUGUCUUUGGUUCCGCUGAAAUCGUAGCUUCAGUAUCUGUGAAAGAACCUACAAGAAUAGAGCUUACUCCUAAAAGGACAGAGUUAACCGUGGGAGAAAGCAUCGUCCUUAAUUGCAAAGCAAUUCACGAUGCUAGUUUGGAUGUCACUUUCCACUGGACACUGAAAGGACAACCUAUCGAUUUCGAGAAGGAAGGUGGACACUUUGAAAGCAUCAGGGCCCAAGCAUCCUCUGCAGAUUUAAUGAUCAGAAACAUCCUUCUGAUGCAUGCUGGGAGAUAUGGCUGCAGGGUACAGACCACAGCAGACAGUGUGUCAGAUGAGGCAGAACUUCUUGUUAGGGGUCCCCCAGGCCCACCAGGGAUAGUGAUCGUUGAGGAAAUCACCGAGAGCACAGCCACACUGUCCUGGAGUCCAGCCGCGGACAACCACAGCCCAGUCUCCUCCUACAACCUGCAGGCUCGCAGCCCCUUCUCCCUGGGCUGGCAAACAGUCAAAACAGUCCCAGAAAUCAUAACAGGGGACAUGGAAUCAGCCAUGGCAGUGGACCUGAACCCCUGGGUGGAAUACGAGUUUAGAGUGGUGGCCACCAAUCCAAUUGGGACUGGGGACCCAAGCACCCCAUCGCGAAUGAUUCGCACGAAUGAAGCAGUUCCAAAGACAGCACCCACCAACGUAAGUGGACGAAGUGGGAGAAGACACGAGUUAGUCAUCGCCUGGGAGCCAGUAUCUGAAGAGUUUCAGAAUGGGGAAGGCUUUGGCUAUAUUGUGGCUUUCAGGCCCAAUGGAACACGUGGCUGGAAGGAAAAGAUGGUGACAUCCUCUGAAGCUUCAAAAUUCAUUUACCGAGACGAAAGUGUCCCUCCUCUGACUCCCUUUGAAGUGAAGGUUGGCGUUUAUAACAAUAAAGGGGAUGGACCCUUCAGUCAAAUUGUGGUCAUAUGUUCAGCAGAAGGAGAACCCACUGCCGCUCCCACAGAUGUCAAGGCUACAAGUGUGUCUGUGUCAGAGAUCCUUGUUGCAUGGAAACAUAUUAAAGAGAGUCUGGGAAGGCCACAGGGAUUUGAGAUCGGUUAUCGGAAAGACAUGGAACAAGAAGAUGCAGCGGAGACCGUCAAAACUAGGGGGAACGAGUCGUCCGUCAUCCUGACGGGAUUGGAAGGAAACACGUUGUACCACCUCACAGUGAGGGCUUAUAACGGAGCUGGAUAUGGGCCGCCCAGCAGCGAAGUGAGUGCAACCACCAAGAAAUCCCCCCCUAGCCAAGCCCCUAACAACCUCAGGUGGGAGCAGCAAGGCUCUCAGCUUGCUCUGGGCUGGGAACCCGUCAGACCACUAGCCAACGAGUCUGAAGUCAUGGGCUACAAGGUUUUUUACAGGCAAGAGGGCCACAGCAACAGUCAAGUUAUUGAAACGCAGAAACCUCAGGCGGUAGUGCCGCUCCCGGAAGCUGGCGUCUACAUCAUUGAAGUCCGAGCAUACGGUGAAGGAGGGGAUGGGACAGCCAGCUCCCAAAUCAGGGUCCCGUCAUAUUCAGGUGGGAAAGUCACUAGUGCUCAGUCAACCCUGCACAGUCUCUCCCCGUCCUCAUCGUCAGCAACGUUGCUUUUGGCACUGAUGAUUCCUUCGGCCUCCUGGUGAACACAGCAGAUUUCCUUUGCUUUGCUUUGCUUUAGCUUGAUAACAACAGUCUGCAGAAGGUAGCGGAAGUGAGACCCAGGACCCUGAAAUAAGCGUUAAAACCUUGAAAUGACACAUGGUGCCCUUAUCAGAGGUUGGAGGGACAAUUGCUUAUCCAUCCAGUUUCUCUUUGGUUUUUUUAAGUGGAGACGACAGUUCUUGGUCGAAUAAAAUUAUGCAGGUUGUAUGUAAUGCUUUUUUUGUAAGCAACGGUAAUUUCUGUCAAAUGUAUUCUUUACUUUUUCAGUAUGUUGGAAUUGGACUUUCUAUCCGAUGACCCUGAGUGUGUGCCAUCCAUUUGUUAAGCAAGAGGUCUCUAGCAGAUCUGUUUCAAACACAAAGUACAAAACUGAGAAUGAAAAAUUUGCUCAAGACGCCGAGUCUAGUGUGUUUCAUUUUUCCUUUGACUGACUCUUCCAAUUGACAGACCAGCAGGAGAUAUGAAAAAACACUCGAAUUGUGUGGCCCACUGCAGGAUAAGUACACAAAAAGUUUAUCAAAAAAUAUUGUAUGAUUGCAUAGUGAAAUAGCAAAAUUUGCCAGUAGGCUAUUCUGUAUGCACCCCUAGAGCAAGUUAUUAGGGUAGGGAAUAAGCCAUUUACAGUAGUGCAAGGCAAACAGAAGGCGAGUCCAAAUGAAUUGAAAUGCUAUUGUUUUUCAUCAGGUACUAUGUCACCUAGCUGCAAAUAUAGUAAAUGUUUAUUUUUAACAACAAAAGAUAAUUUAAAGCCACAAAAAAAAUAUGACCGCUAAAAACUGCAGACACUGACAUGCUGCCAAGGGUGCUAACUUGAAAAUAAAGUGAAUACGGGACAGAGCUUUCCCAUUUCCCCACCUACUGUCAAAACAGGAGUUGAAUUAGGCCCAAGGUUUUCUUCUAAUUGGAAAUAAUUUUACAGACAAUGCAGAUUUGUUCUGCAAGUGAUUAUGCAUACAUAUAGUCCGUGGAUUAAAAUGCUCAAGCAUAACAAAUUUUGAUUUUUUUUAGACAUUUCCAUGAAUCACAGGCCAUUCAUAAAAUCUUAGCAACUAGUAAAAUAAAGAGGAUCUCUUGGAUACAUUGAUUUUUUUUUAAUUAAGCUGCUUGUGGGAACGUGGCCUCAGCACAGGGGCUCAGCUAGUCCAGUCAGCCAUACACUGCUUGGGAGGUAAUAUUGAUUGACUAUUUUGAGGAGUCAACUGGAACCCAAGUGAUCCUAGAUGGUCGUUGGAAAGGGGGGUGAAAGUUUCCUGUGUGAUGAUAGUGUACAGAAGUUCUCAUGAGAAUGUGCCAGAGUUCACAUUACACCCAAGAUGCCUGAAUGGACGGUUAUUACAAACUCAUAAGCCAAUAAAGAGCCUGGAGAAACUAUCAUUUUAUAGGUGUUGUUAAUAUGUGAAUAAAAAGUAGAUUCUUUUCUUUUCCUUUAUAAAAUCUAAAUCUUUAACAGCAAGCAAAAUGAAGCAAUAUUGAGCUCAAACUGCUGGCUCUAGUGGUUAAUCCUUGUAGAGUCAGAAGAGAGACUGGAGUUUCUGUUCUGAGCAUCCUAAAAGAUGGGCUUCAGAGACACAGGACAACUGUUUGUGUUGAUUGCUCAUUCUCUUUUGGGGGCAUUAUGCCCAAGACACCUCUAAACAAAGAAGAAGUGAUUUAAAAGACUAUUUUAGUUAACAGCUUAUUGCAGCAAGUUACCACAGCUGGUGAAUAUUGAACCUGAGAAUAAUAACAACCUAGUGGCCUUCCUUAAGCACUUCCUGUGGAGUGGGAGAGGCUGGACUUUGCACACAGAGGGAGGCUAACUGUUUAGCAGGCAAAAUAUGAGAUCUCCCAAGUAUGGUACAGAUUGCAGAAGCAAACUGUGCACCUGAAAAAAAAGAUGCAGCGAGAAUAUUAAAGGAUGGGCAAUAAUUAUUACUUCAUAUUUAAUGAAUCAAACCAUUUGCUUCACUUUCCCAUGGUGUUUCAUACUAGACUUAGUAGACUUUAAGAAUUGAGUUAUUACUAAAACUUAUAAAAACAAAGCCCAAGAAAAUAUAAUGCCAGUAUAUGGCAAAUUCAAAUUAGCCAACAUUUCCAACUACUUGAUGGAUGAUGUAUAUUUGACAGAAUAUUUAAUUAUAGAAUGUCUGAUGUUGCAUUCUUAUAGGAAUCAGCGAUAUGGGAUGGUUUUAUUCAACGUGCAGAGGAUAUGCAUUUUGCAUCAUAAACCUAGGUUUUCGAUGUUUAUGUACUUACGUUACACACUUGUUACUUUGUAGAAAACAGAGCAGCAUCCCUUAUCAAAGUGCAUUGUACUGAGUGAGCUCUUUCUGGGAUGGAAUAGUAACCUCACAGUCUUAAAUCACUAAAGAGGCUGUAUUUUUGUAUGAUGUUAGUUGAACUAUGAAGAAAAAAAAGACUCCUCGUAAUUAAAAAAAAUCAUGAAAGUGAAUGUUUUGCAUACCCAAAUGAAGGUACUGUGGACCCCGUGUCAAACCGUUAAAUAUAUUGUAUACAAUCUGUAUAUAUACUAUAUAAAAUGGUAUAUACCCUGUGGAAGGCACAGUCAGAUAAUGGUUCUGUGUACUGUUCUUGUAACAUUAGAUCUUUUUAAUAAAUAAUUCUCUUUUUAUUGACUUUUA